AUGAGCCAAUUUCAACUCUUUCCUUCCCCCACUUCAGACGCAAGAACGGUCAAGGACUCGAUUCCAAGAGGCAAACAGAAACCAGUUCUCAGGACACCUCCAGAGUCGAUACCUCUGGAACCUUUGCGCGACAAGAGUAGCCCCACGGAAGCUGUCAUCUUCAAGCUCAUCGAAGACACCCACAGUCUCAAGACACCUCCCAAGGCACAUGCGUCCACAUCGACGCCAGUUUCCAUUCCCGAAACGAUACAAGAACGUGAAACAUCCCGGUCACCCAUGCAUCAUGCUAUGCGUCAAAAGCGUCCUGAGAGAGUUGGAUCUCCGUAUUCGACCAAAGUCAGCGAAGCUUCUUGUCCUCAGAGCAGCUCUUCAGUCACCACUGCUCCAGCGGUGCAAAUGAAGUCCAUGUUUCCUCGAUAUGACUUUGAUCUUCCACCGAACCAGCAACACUACUAUCCAGAGCCCUCGUCUCAUCGCGAGCACCCCAGGCCUCCGGAUAUCAUGCUGUCGGCGCCAGAGAUUGAUCGGGCCCUGGGGCCCAAAACCGUCCCCGCGAGCGUGAUGGAUUUUCCCACUGGCGUUCUUGACCCACUGGAGCCGUAUUCCGCGCGUGAAGAACUAGAGAGCCUAUGGGAAGCUGCCAAUGGGCAACGCUCACGGAGCCUUCCGGGAGAUUUUCACUUGCUUAUUGAACGGAUCGAUUCCAAAACAUUUAGCUUCGGAACACCUAAUAUACCGUUUUACACGCUCAGCACCUCUGCAACAAAUGACAUAACUAUCACAAGGAGGAACCCCUCUAGACCAGAUAGCAGUGUUCCUGUGAUGAACUUCAAACUUGAAAAAAGGUCGCGUCGCCAACCACCUUACGACGGGCUAGUCGCUAUUUUGUUCCCCCGACUUGCUGCAAUCCUGGCCAUUGACCAGGCCAUGGAGCUAUCGAAAGAGCUCCGGCUACCCCCUUCAGAGGCCGCUGAAGCCGAGGGGGAUGCUCUUAAACGAGUAGCAGCCCAGGAGUCAUGCAAGCUCCUCUGGAACCAAUCCAAAAAGGUCUAUGAGUUUCAACACCCAGCGCUUUGUAGGCAGCAACCGCCCGCUCUGGUCGGUGCGGCUGGCGUGCCCCUGUCGCCAAUGCGGUCGAAGUAUUCUGGUGUACUACAUAUCACAGUAUCGAGCUCUUCUGAGGGGACAAGGGGCAGCCAGCCUCCGACAAUACUAGUCACGACACCUCUACCAGCCAAUGCCGUGGAAACAGGCAGUAUGGUGGCCACGCCUCGAACAUCCACGCUUCCGUUGACAGACUUGGACGAGCCUCUGGCAUCUCUCGACCUAGCAACUAUGAUAUUUUCUAUAUCUACUGCUUCUAUCAUCGCAACGGUCCCCUCUUUAUUUGCAAUUGAUGCCGUUGUUUCCGCCGUACUAGCCGUGGCAGCCUCAGACGAGUCUACCAAGAUUGCGCUGGAGGGGCUGGAAUUCACAGCAGCAACCCCCAAAAGCCAAUCAUCUUCUGGAAACACCAGCUUCCACGGACCCUUUGUCACCACCCUGGCAGAACUAGAGGAUGCCAAAGAAGGCAGCCAGCUCUGGGCAAGAAUCAAGUCUGUCCAAUCUAGUUCGGACAGUGACAGCGAGAAAAGGUGGUACCAAUUCUGGGGUAAGAGAAAUCUCAAGCAGCCCAAGCAGCCCAAGAAUAGGAAGAUUGUGGUGGAAGAGUUUGACAUGGCCAAGUAUGGGCGCUACCGUCGGGGCGCCCGGGAGGGUCAGAAGCUCCCCUGGAUUACACGCGCGUGCCUGCGGAUUCUGUUUUUGUCCCUGGAUGUGAUUGUGCACGUGCUUACGCUGAUUGUCAAGGUGAUUGCUUGGUUGAUGGUGGGCAUGACCCGCUGUGUAACCAGUGAGAGGGUCUAA